UUUAGGUUAUUGAAAGCAAAAAAGAAGAAGCAGAAAAGGGAAAGAGAUCCGAGGUUUGCAUUCAUGACAAAGAGUGAGGUUGAUCACUUAGACGAUGGUUACAGAUGGAGAAAGUACGGUCAGAAAGCUGUCAAAAACAGCCCUUUUCCCAGGAGCUACUAUCGUUGCACAAGUACAGCAUGUGGUGUGAAAAAGAGAGUAGAAAGAUCUUCUGAAGAUCCAUCCAUUGUUGUCACUACCUACGAAGGUACACACACACAUCCCUCUCCCAUCACUCCACGUGGCACUUCUUUUGGUGGAGUCUUGCCUGAAACCGCCAGUCUUAUCGGCGGCGGCGGUGGUGGUGGUGGUGGUUCAUCCCUUUUUGUGAUGCCUCAAAUAAUGAACAGCUAUAGGCAGCAAACACAACAACAACCCUAUAAUAUUUUUCAGAAUUACUUGGCACCACCAUUAAUGGUGAGUAGUUUUGGCACAAGCUCUAAUACAUUUCAAGAAAGACGAUUUCGCCCCUAUGCGUCGUCUUCUUCUUCUUCUUCGGCGAGAGACCAUGGUCUUCUUCAAGAUAUGCUUCCAUCUGAGAUGUUAAAGGAGCUAAAUGAGGAGUAAUUACUAAUAUAUUUUGAGGGUUUAAUUCUAAUCAUAUAAUAUAUAAAUCGAUCAAUAUAAUUAAUUUGCUAGCAUUAUAUUAAUUAUUGUUGUAGUGUAAUGUUUUAUAUAUCAUCUUCAUGAAGUUUGGGGUUUUCUUUAUUUACAUAUGAACCCACUUCAUAUAUCAUGUAAAAUUAAUUAAUUCACUAGUUUAAUUAGAUGAUCUAGAGAGACUAUAUAUAUAGUUCUUU